GGUAGGUGGGUGUGGUCACUGAUCACGAUUGUUGUUGGGUGUGGCUUGUUGACAUUCCUGGGACGACUCAGGACAAAUGCAGGGGACUCGGAAACAAAACAGAUGCGUCUGUCCCGGUUGAAGCACUGUUUUUCAGACGCUACGGGUUACCAGCAGAUCGCACUGAGCCAGGAUGGCAAAGACGGAAGGGCUCCUCUUCAGACAGCUGUUUGAGUCAGAGAGCAGCACGUACACCUACCUGCUUGCAGACACGAACACCAAGGAGGCUGUCAUCAUUGAACCUGUGCUGGAGACCAUUGACCGGGACCUGAAGCUCAUAAAGGAACUUGGACUCAGUCUAACAGUGGCAGUGAUUUUUCUGGUAGUUAACACCCACUGCCACGCAGACCACAUAACAAGCACUGGCCUGAUGAAGCAAAGAGUGGCUGGACUGAAGAGUGCCAUCUCCAAGUUCAGUGGUGCCACUGCUGACAUCCACUUAACAGAGGGAGACAAUAUCCCCUUUGGAAGACACUCUCUGACUGUGAAAGAGACACCAGGACACACUGAUGGGUGUAUAACCCUGGUAACUGGGGAUCAGAGCAUGGCUUUCACUGGUGACGCUCUCCUCAUUAGAGGCUGUGGAAGGACAGACUUCCAGCAGGGUUGUGCCAAAAAGCUCUACCAUUCAGUCCAUGAGAAGAUCUUCACCCUGCCUGAUGAGUGCCUCAUCUACCCAGCACAUGAUUACUUAGGUCAGACGGUUUCUACAGUGGGCGAGGAGCGCAAGUAUAACCCACGCUUGACUAAGAGCAUGGAGGAGUUUGUGGAGAUCAUGAACAACCUGAACCUCCCUAAGCCUAAAAAAAUAGAUAUUUCAGUGCCUGCUAAUCUAGUUUGUGGAGUGCACAGCAUUUGAAUGGAUGAAAAAGGCUUCUACUAAAGUCCUGAGCACCACCACAAAAUUACUGAUAUUUACAUUUUAAUCAAAAUUGCUUAUCAUAGAGUGCUCUAUUGUGGUUCCCUGUGUAAAUGUAAAAGUUAAUUUUUGAACUGUUGUGAUCAUUUUUUGUUAAGCUACUUACAGUAUAUUUAAAAAAUGUAUAUUUAUGUUUAUUUUAGCUGCUUAUGAAUGCAUUUUAAAAACGGUAAUAGUAUACUUUGUUAAUGGUGUAAAGUUGUUUACAUUUUUAUGUAAGUAGUUCAUUCAGAUGUGUUAUUGUGAAUUGGGAAGGAAAUUUAUGAGCAGGAAAACUGGGGUAGGAAUGUUCCAUUCAAGGUUUGAUUUAGUAUUCAUGAAUGCUUAACUGGGACAAAUGAGUUCUUCCACAUGGCCUUUUCAGUGGUUCCGGUCUCCCCUAGCCAAGGAUACGCAGGCAUGCACACACACUCUUUCAGUCUUGUGUAGGCAAUGGCUUUUUUGCAUAGCAGGGAACUAAAACUACACUAUUUGCAUUCACAAUCAAUAAAGGCAAGUUUUCCUUGCACAAUGUGCCAUUGCAAUCUGUUUGUGAUCUCAUAAGUUCCUUUAGAUGUCCAACAGGAAUUUGAUUUUUUUUUUUAUGUUUCUUAUGAUCAAAGGAAGGUACAAAAACGUGAGCUCAUGCCAGGAUUCAGAACUGCUUCCAGAUUUUCCAAUGACUGUGCAAGCUGUUCUCAUAGUUAACAGAUCAUCAGCCCGCAAGACAGGUUUGUUUGGGCGUGCUGCCCUCUGACUCAGUCACAGAAACUUCUACAUGUGGGAGUUAGCUGUGUGAUCAUCUGAGGAUUGAUCCUGAGCCUCUGGGGGCCUGAGUCAAAAUGUUUGUUUUCAAGUGCCCGCACUUGUUUGAGGAACUUCCACAAUUAACAGAUUAUUUGUGAAGAUGAAUCAUUAUUGUUGAUACAUCUGGCAUUUCUAAGUGGUUUGGCACUUUUAAUCUCCAGUAGUCUGAAAAACAUACGAAUGCUCCAUACUCAAAGACCGUCAUUAAACAAAACAGAGUUCAAGAUAAAUGAAAAUUGUGUUCUACUGUAUUUGUAUUCUCAAUUAGCCUGCUAAAAAAAAGACACAACCAUCCUGGUAAAAUGAACAAUUGGAAUCUACCAUGUUUCCCAAGUCUCUUGUAUACAACAUUAUACAUGCUUUGAGUAGCAUUAUGGAAAAUUUAGUCACAUCUGCAGGGAAUAAAUACUUAAAAUGUG